UCACCUCCUGUGAGCAUCAUUAUUUUCGAUUGACACAUAAAGUGAACAACUGACUAUUGUGCUUACUUGAAUUAGAACUGUUAUCCAUGGUCAAAUUGUCUGAGACAGACGAGUAUCGGGGGGUUUACAUAAAGCUCAUCUAGGUGAUGGUAGCCGGAUAAUGCUCCCGACACGAGGGUACAUCUACCCUCGUUCGUAGAAAACAACACGAAAAUUCAACCGGCUCGGCAUUGUUUCUUUCUAUAUCAUCGUUUAGCCGUCGUUACUAUUGAAACACAACGAUCGUCGUGUAGUAUCGUUCAAUAAUUUCACUGUUUUUAUGUAAUCAUUGCCUUUGUCGAGUUGUCCCGUGUCUAUUUCAUUACUUUAACUCUACGCCUCUAGUGACGAGAAACGAAAAUAAAAACAUCAAAAAGAAACAGUACAGAAGAAAACGCUCGGCCGACAGUGCUUUGAUGUGUUAUCUGAUGCGUUUUAAGCUUCAAUCCGUGAUGAAGAUAUAAAAUACUGCGCCAAAAGGAAAAACUAAAAGUUAAAAUUGUGCAUCGAGAGGAAAAAAAUGAUAGUACACUCAAGUUACGAAGGAUAUCCUUGAUUUAUGUGCAUUUGUUCGUAUUGUUAUCAUUGAAGAAACGCCAUGUCGACGAUGUACAAUGGAUCAGCAACAUCCACGAUGGACGUAACAGUGCGAAAUACAGCUUUGCAGGGCAGCUACAGGUAUCAAUAUAGGAGACAGUACUGGACAACGUCUAUUGUUGGAACAUGUUUUCUCUGGUGUUGGCUGACAUUGAGUAGAUGUACAACAGCAACAGCAAUGUCAACGACAAACUCGUCACUCGGCUCUACGCUGAGGCCGUCAGCAACUACCGAGAUAGUUUAUCAGAGAUUUGCAAUUGAGCCCCAGGAUCAGACCGCCGUUAUCGGCAGCCGGGUCACGCUACCGUGUCGUGUACUCGAUCAAAAGGGCCCCAUCCAAUGGACGAAGGAUGACUUUGGCCUCGGGGCUGUCAGAAAUUUAACUGGAUAUGAACGUUAUGCUAUGAUUGGGAGCGAUGAGGAGGGGGAUUUUUCAUUACACAUCUUUCCAGUGGAAUUGGAGGACGAUGGGAAAUAUCAAUGCCAAGCAUCGCCCACAAAUGAUGGACAACCUGGACUAAGGUCAAGAUUCGCUCGUUUGAGUGUUCUUGUACCACCCCAAAAGCCGAAAAUCCUUCAGGGUGAUUUUCUUGUUACUACGGAAGAUCGUGAGCUCACCCUGGAGUGUAUCAGCGUCGGGGGAAAACCUGCGGCAGACAUUACGUGGAUUGAUGGACUAGGUAAUGUUUUGCACUCGGGUAUUGAGACAUCAAUUGAAAAGUACGAGGAUGGCCCAUUAUUCAGCGUUAAAUCCGUCCUGAAAGUUAUGCCGAGAAAGGAACAUCAUAAUACCACGUUCACGUGUCAGAGCCAAAAUGCGGCUGAUCGCACACCGCAGAAUGCUAAAUUACGUGUGGAGGUACGUUAUGCCCCAAAAGUUUCGUUAAAAAUCCGUUCGGGUUUAUCUAAAAAUGGACGAAUUGUCGAGGGCUCAGAACUGAGAUUUAAAUGUCGUGCCGAAGCUAAUCCUCCAGAAAUGGAAUACAGGUGGUACAUAAACGAGAAAACGGUAAUAGGGGACUAUACGACAGAGAUGAUAAUCCAUAAUGCCACCCGGGAGCUACACGAUGCGAUCAUAAAAUGUGAAGUUCACAACGAGGUCGGGAAAAGCGAGGAAACAGAAACCCUGGAUAUAACUUAUGGUCCCCAAUUCCGUCAUCCACCAGUAUCCGUAGAAACCCAUUACGGUGCAACCGAGAUUCUUCAGUGCGAUGUGGAUGGUAAUCCAACACCGGAAAUCCUCUGGAUUCACGAGGAUUCAGACAGGAUAGUGGCAACUAGUCCAAAUAUAAGUGUAGCAGUAAGUCCCGAUACAUCUGGACGUUACUACUGCAAAGCACAUGUGGCUGGAUUUCCAGAAUUGACUGGAUACGCCAACAUCUUCAUUCGUGCACCACCGAGCAUUGUAUCACAAAGGACCCAGUAUGUGCCAGAUGAAGGUGUAGUCAAGGUCAAAUGUACUGCAAUAUCAGUGCCAAAAGCUGAUUCCGUUGUGUGGAGUUUCGCUGGUCGUGAGCUAAAUUUCUCAUCAAACAAUACACCAUUCUACGUACAGGAGGAGUAUACACCAGAGAGAGUUGUCAGCACUGUUACACUUUUGGAACCUAUAUCGACAUACUUUGGGGAUUACAACUGUACUGUUACCAAUAGUUUUGGUACAGACUCAGUCAUUAUUAAACUUACGACUCAUGCGUUGAUUCCAGUCGAUUGGCAACUUAUCCUGAUAAUUGUUGGACUGGUGGUAUGUCUCAUCCUCAUUGGGAUCAUUGUGGUUCUGAUUUUACACUGUCGUGAUCGGAUUAAACAACCACGAGCCAGAUCAGCUCAGACUGCGGAGAACGACUUGCGUAAGUAUCAAGAGACAGAUUUAAACGCAGAUCGCUACCGUGAAAGUGAUCGCAGUAGUAAUCUCUCAGACGUCAAGGCAGAUAUACGCGCUGGAUCUAGCGUGAGCAACGCGGAAAGCGUGACCGCUCUAGACAGUGAGGGAGAAGGCAGCACAAGGGGUGUAAAUGCCUUGGCUCUAGCUGGCCCAGUACCUAAUCCACUUGGUUAUCGAUACAGCGCCGACUACACGGAACCCUCGUUUCCACCAAAGAACACAGAUGGCAGUAAUAACAACGGUUAUGUGCCCUAUGUCGAUUAUACGAGGGACUACAUGCCACCCAGCACACAGGGAAUUGGGGCAUCGCGGGAAUCACUCAGUCGUAUACCCUCAAGUGGUAUAUUGGCAUCGAAGAAAAUUGGCCUGAGUUCGGCCAAUUUGGGAAAUACCACACCACAGACUACAUCAAUAAUAGAUCCGAGAUUCUCGGCUGCAUAUGGCAAUCCAUACCUAAGAAUGUCAGCCGCUGAACAACUCAGGCACGCGCCCCAUACGGCCAUACCAGGAGUGACGCCAGCACCACCCCCUUACACUCAGGCCAUGCGAAUGAAUAGCCUGAGUACGCUCAACGGUGCCGGACCACAGGCGCCCCUGUCAGCGCAUUACAUUACCGGGGGUCCAAAUGGUGGUGUAGCAACAGUCAAACGUGCAUCUGGUACGGGUACACUAGCAACGCAUGUAUGAGAUACGGAUUUCAAGUAGAAUCUCUCAUGACGAGAUUACUAUUGCAAUGACAGACUUUCUCAUGAUAUUGCCAGUUCUCCAAAGACAUAUUCAACCAUAAAUACAUCCCUAUCCUCGUCAUCCCGCGUCAGCGAAUUUUCGAAGUCUCUGAAUUUUGAAUAUUCCCCAUUAGCAGUGGAACUUGAACGACUUCCGUAUCAAUGCAGCGGUGACUCAAUCGAGCGAAUCAACAACGUACUAGAACAGUUGCAAAUUGCGAGCGAUAACCAUCGCCGGCUUAUUGAAGAAAAAUUCAAUGCGCAACGUCGCCUUGUAAAUGAACUAAGAAAACGAAAUAGAACACCAAAAGAGAGCUUUAACAUGACUCAAGUGAAAUACUCAACUGCAGCUAAUGAUUCUCAACAAAAAAAAAAACCAAAAACAAAUGUAAAACUUUCUGAACCUGAUGGCCCGGAACUCGAGUCCAAGAGAUUGAAACUCAUGCUUGUAAAUAUGAUGUUUGGGGAUGUAUCUUGUGAGUCUGUCUCCCAUAAUUCCGGACACAAAGUCAAAAAAUCAACUCUUGUUUAUGAAGGCAAGUGUCAGAAUUGGAAUAGGAAAUUACGAAGAUUUGACUACGACUCAAUUUUCGUUUAACAACGAUUCAUCCUUUAUUUGAAUUGAAUUGAAAUGAUGAGGGAAAGUUUAUGAGUGGAUGCCAUACCAUUAUCAUUUCUGAUAAACAACCACUCGAUAAUGACAAUCUUCGACUUAUUAAACACUAGAAAAUCGCAUUAAGUAUUAAUACCUACAUUCACUGCCCUUUUUUUUCAACUCAGGCAAACUAAAAUCAAUUCAUUAUACAAUUUCGUUCUUCAUUCGAUGUUUGUUUAUGAAUGAAUGGUAUUGUUAGUGUUAAUUGCACAGUUGAAAAUUGCCUGAGGGACAUUUAACUAUUCCAUUAGUUGAAUAUCUUUAUCUUCAACUUUAUCUCGAUGUUGAUGGAGAUGGCUGGAGAUAAUUUCUACGUGAGAACUUUGAUGUUUAAAUCAAUGUCAAUAUGCCCGAAUUUGGGUUAGAAAAUACUCAGUUUAUUAUUAAAUACAGAGAGUAUAACAUAAUAAGUUUCAAUUGGCCUGAAAUUGUUUAGAGAAUACGGGCAUUUCCUUUCGUGAAAUAUUUAAAAUUGCAAACGAGAGUCAACGUGGCAGGGAGUUUAAUAACUCUCUAUUGUCGUUGUAACGUAGAUAGACAAAAGUCAUUUAGAAUUAUAUGAAUAUUAUAUUACAGAAUCUGUUGUCAAUACGAACAUAGAGCCUAUAGUUUGAUGGCACUAAAGAUAAUUUUAUUAAAAUGAGCCACAUUCACUGCGGAGUGAAAAGGGCUGUCUGUACUAUAUGUAUACUAAAUAACGGGAGAAGAUAUUAUGGAAUGAAAAAUUUAUGAUGUGAUUUUUCUUUUUGUUUUUACAACUGAAAUAUUAAUACUCAAUGUGCAGCAUAAGUGAGAUUUCUUUUUUUUAUUUCUUGAACUCGCCAAAAUGUGGAAUAUUUUCUGCAUUCGCCGGAAUUAUCAAAACAAUAUAUUUAUUAAUGAUAGAAUAGAUACAAAGCCCUCGAUGAAUUGACUAUCACAUCGAUGAAUUAAAUUAUGAGAAACACAAUUUCACCACUUUUUUUAAAAUCGUUGUGAUAUUAUUAUUAUGCAUAAAAUUUGAAUGGAACUCUCUGAAACGGGAUUAAUACGGUGGGAUAAUUAUUCGAGUUCGAUUCGAUGGACAUAAUAAUGUUGAAGUGAUGAGAUUGUGUGGCAUUAAAUUAACAGUGGGAUAAAUAAUCACUGGCAGAGUUUAACGAAACAGGGUAGCCUAUUCAAUUAUCGAAACAAUUCGAGAGGCUGCGUUAUUGAAGAAAAAACAAUCCUUCGGAGGAUUAAACAAAGAAUCACAAGGAUUGUGCAAUUUUAAUGAUAAUUAUAAAAAAUCAUCAUCCAUUUCGUAGUCGUGAAAAUUUGAAGAAAAAGUCUCUUUACACUAUUUACGUCUGUAACAUAAUAUGUGUAAAUAACUGAAAUUAUUGCUCACCGUAUUUUGUAAGUUUAGUUAGUAUUGAGACUGAGUCACUGGUGAAAGCUAUUUCUCGCAAAUACAAGUGAAUAAUUCUCAAUGAGAAAUGAGAAAUAUUACUAUCGUAUCAGUGAUGAUGGAAGAGAUUAAUAAAUCGUGGAUUCGGGCUUACGAUGUGUCUUUCGAUUGGUAGAUUGUCCUCUUUAGCGACAAAAUUUAAGUGCAAUUGUUUAAACUCUAUUCAUUAAUAAAUAAAACAGCGAUUAUCAGAGAAUGACAUUUUAGUUAUCGAAUAAAUUUGACGUUUGGCAUUUAACGAAUUUCUCAAGACCUCACGUCGAUUUAUUCUCGGCUUAUUAAACUACGUUUUCGGUCAUUGAAAUACAAGAAAGGAAAGAUAAAUUAAAAAGAUGAAAAUUAUGUACAAUGUUUAUGAUAACGUUAACUGUUAACUAUUUAAUACUUUUUGACAGUUUGAUUAUGUAUGAUCAGCAUGAGAAAGUAGUUACGUAGUCACAUUUAUUUCGGCUACGUACCAAAUAAAAUCUUUGCAAUACAGGUUUUAGGGAUAUUUUGCUUAUUGGAAUUUCGAGCGAAAAAAAUGAGAGAUUAAAUAAAUGUAUAUAGAUAUCAUAAAUGAAUUGCUAUUAUUCAUUUAUUGAUAAUAAUUUCAUCUCAUUCUCAAGGGACAGUGCGACCUAUCAUACAUCAUUUGUAAUGUAAUGUUUCUAAUUAAAUGAAAUUGUCUAGAUGAAAAAAGUAUACUGAGAGAAAUAAGUGGUAACGAGAAAAACAAGUAAUAAACAAUCAAUGAUGGGGAUGAUCAGCGGUGAUGUUAAAAUUAGAAAGUUUAUAUAAGUUUUGACUAUUAGAACAAAUUUUACGCCUUCUUAAAGCCGUGGGUCAUCCUGUAAAACUCAAUUGGUUAUCUGUCAAUUAUUAAUUAAAUUAUGUGAAUUUCGUCGGCUUGGAUUAUUCGGAAAUUAGUAUUCAUUAUUGGUCGGAUAUGGUCGAUGCAAUUUGUCGCAACGAUGACAUUUUUAAAUAGUUUUCAAUUUCAUUCGAUUACCAUUGUUUAUUCAAUGCUACUGUGUGUAAAAUGUAAUGAGUCAAAUACGGUGCACAAAUGCUUAAAAGAAAAACUUAAUCCUUUCAUUAUUUGUGAAAUGCAAUAUGAAAAAUAUCAUUGACAUUGUUAUCCUGGAUUAACCGUUUACCAAAUGAAUACAUAAAAUUGACGAAGUGGAUUGAAAGUAUGUUACUCGUUACGUUUUACCACUGCAAUAUUAAUCAACGAGUAUAACAGUGCUUAUCGAAAUUCAAUUAUCUACAAAUCGAUAGCGAAUUAAUUUGGAUGACUAAUGUGCACUUGUGUAUAAAUACGAAUUUCAUCAUAUGGGAAUAACAAACCAAUUUAGCAUUGCCUAAUCGAUGGACGGCGAAUUUUUUCACACGAAUAAAAAAAGAUAACGAACGUGAUGGAAUCAUUUUUAGUCGCUUUCAUCGCCCCUAUCGACAGGAAUAUUUCGUCAAGUUGAAUGAUUUUUUUCGAGUUAAGCAGCGAUACCAUCGUGAAAAUGAUCUAUAAAAACUUCGAACAGUCUAUUUAUAUUUUGCAAAUUUUAUCCCUCAGAGGGAACAAACGUAUUUGUAUCAAAUAGCGAUUAUCGAAGAGUGUACCGGAUUUGUCUUUAAUUCAUCGAUAUUACUGAAACAGUGAAAUGAAAAUUACUGAUAAUUUAAUUAUCAUCCGGCAGAUAAUGAUUAGAAGAGUAAAUGCAAGAACAAAAAAAAAUUUGAAACAGAUACAUUUGUGUACUUAUAUCAUAUUGAUACUGAACAUAAUCUAUUUUAAAUUCGACUGAGCGACAUAGAGCAUAAUAUAAACUGUAUAUUUUUCUCGGCGUUAAGCUUUCCACUCAAUAACAGUCUAGAAAGAUACUCCCCGUUCCCUCCGAUUGAAAUCACCUAAUGAAAGGAGUUAUUUCCUCAUAAUAACGCACCGUUGCAAUUAUCAAAUUGUUGACCUGUUCUUCAUUUUAUGGAAUAAUGAAAUCAUUUGCACUUGAUGUUUUACAUUAUUAGAAUCAGACGUAGUCGGAAAUAUUGGCUGAAGGCUCAAGUACAAAGUGUCACUUAUGUAACCAUCUCCAUCCCCUUCCCCUCCCACCUACAAAACUCAUUUCAACUUGCAUUGAACUGGAAGUAAAUAUUAAUCUCCUUUUUGGUAUGUCUACACGCUUGAAAAUUACAUCAACUAUGAACUUGAAUAUUCCCUUUUGGAAUGGGUAUAAACAUUUUAUGCGUAUGACUUGUUUCAAAACCACACUGUUCAAUUAAUCCCCCCCCCCUCUCCCCCAUUGCCCAAAUCUCCCUUCUCAUACCUCUUAACAUUACAAAAUUUUCAUAUUCCCUCGAUGUUGACGCUCAAAGGCUAUUCACUCCCCUCCGUAACGUUCAUUACACAUUCAGAUGAGGAGAUUCAUAGUUCUUUGAUAAAUUUCCACGUGCACCGCACGUUCCCAUUGCAUAAUCAAUCCUUUCAGCCAUUCAACAUAUUCGCGGCUUCAAAUGGAAUUUCCACUCAAAGACUUCCUUCACUAUUAUUAUUGCCAGGAUUUUCAAAAAAAAAUUCUACUUUUCAGGAUAGAAUUUAUAAUGCAAAAAAAUUGAUAGAUUAAACACUAUUGACACCCUUCUAUAAAUAAAGCAGAACAUUUUUUUCCAUUUUUCAAGAGUGUGAAAUUCCAAACGGAGAAAAUACCCUACACCAGUUCUCAAUUUUUAAUUUUACUCUCCAUCAUGAACUCCGGGGAAAUUGAGCAUAUACAUCGUGAAACAAUGAAACUUUUUUUUUCAAUUGUUGAACAACUAAAUUAUUUAUUUUGAGAUAUUUAGCCAUGGAUUUUGCUAAUCCUCUUUACUUUUUUAAUUCCUCUUUUCCCUUGACUUCUACAGUCUACUCAAUGAGAAUUCCAAACUAGCGUAAUGGACGAUGUCAAUUUACGUAUAGAUAUGUGUAAUUUAAAGAAACAUAGAAUUUAUUGUUUUUCUAUAAAGAACAGCAAUCAUUUUCAAAGUUAAAGUGUACAGUGUGUGGAAAAAAAAUUGAAUAAAAUACGAAAACGAGGUGAGAAAGAGAAGGAGCACUAGAAUAUUAAAUGGGAAAAAUAUGAGAGAAUUUUUUAAACAUUAUUUAUGGAAAAAGAAAUUGUAACAUAAUAAGCUACGUAGCGGCCCUCCGAUUUUUUGCCUUGUAAAUACGCUGACUAUGAAUGAAGAUAUAGUGAACAAGAAAGAAAUUUUUCAAAUAAUGAAACAUUAUGACGGCAGAUUGUACAAUGGUAUCAUCCAUGUCUAUAUAAUAUUAAGAUUUUAAUGCACAAAGAAUUAAAAAAAUGGAAAAAUGAGAGAGCCACUGCUUCGAAAAAGAGGGAAACCCAUUCCAUUAUACUGUAAUCCAUGUCAAUUCUUUAAAUGAUAAAUUAAUCGGCAAUUGCUUGCGAGGGUAAAGACAUAAUAAAUUUUAUUCGAUAAGAAACUUUAUUUAAAAAAAAAAACUUCCUCUGGCAGUGGUGCUCAUGUAUCACUCGUACGAGAUCUUCCGUUCGUCCAAAACUAUCGAAUGAAAAAUCAAUUAUUAAUUUUAUAAACACACAAACAUAUCGUACUCAAUAUUAUCAGUGUGCCAACAAUUCCUUUAAUUUUUCCCUUGAUUUGUAUAUUUGACGAUUGAUGUUUCAGUUAUCAUUAUCAUAAUCUCCAUCACGAACUUAAUUAAUUAGUUUACUUAAUGGAAGCAAAUAGCUUUACUGUCUAUCGAUCUGUUCUGUCCAAUAAAACAACAAUCAAUUUAUUCUUUUUGUUUUGUGUUCUGUAAUUGACGAUCGAUAUAAUUUUCUGAUUAAUAUUGUUUUCGUUACCAAAGAAAAAUUUAUUUUACGUUAUUAACUGUAAUAUUUUCUUUCGAGUUCACAUGUGUCCGUAGUACACAACGGCAAUAAAAAAUAAAGAACGAACAAACAUGUAAAAAUGUUGAUGCAAGUGCUUUAAUUUUUUAUUAAUACUUUUAUUUCCAUAAUUAUCAUUUCCAAUUAGACUACUAUAUUGAAAGCCAUUUUUGUACUGUAAGAAUUUUUGUAUAUUUUUAAUUUAUCAUAAUCUAUUUACAUCAAUAUUUAUAGUCUGUUAUCCAAACAACGAUGAAAACUGUAUCAAUUAUUUUAUUUCAUAAUAAUGUCGUAACUGAGUGUUUUUGUUUUUUCUUUCAUUGAGAAACCUCUGUCAUAAUCCAUUACAAUGCAUCAUCGAGUAUUUCCAUAAAAAAAAAUUAAAAACUAUCUUCGUAAAGUUAAUUGUGUGCAUUGAUUGAAUAUUUAAUUUUUCUUCCUCAAUCGUGCAAAAAAUGAGAGAUAUAUAUAGAAGUGAAUUUGAUCUUUUGUAUUUUUACAAAAAGAGAGAGAGAGAGA